CAAAUAGUCGAUCUGGGCUAAAGCCUCCACUAGAAAUCCCCCCCUGUCUUGCGGUCUGCCCGUAUCUUUCUCGUUGGCUCGCAUCGUCUUUCUUGUCUUUCAUCCCGCCUGUUUUCGUCUUUUUUAAAGUUUAUCGAGUCAAUCAGUCCUCGAAAACAUUUACUUCAUCUCUCAUUCAUUUUUCCUGAUCCCUGAAUUCCGGUCCGCCGUUUCCAGGUCCUAGAUAUGUCUUCAACUCCCACCUUUCGGGGCACUACUAGCCACAGAACCGUCGGACGCGGCAGAUUGCCUGAUUUUGAGGGAGGCAGCUCAGCUUCUCACAUUCCACGCCCUCGACCCGAGUCUUCGUCAACGAUUACUUCUCACAACCCUCACACGCCAUCAAGUGACAUCGGCAGUUCCACAAUGAGUGCGGCAAGCAGUCGGCAAAGGCAGAACCAGUCGAAGCGCGAUGAGGCUAUUCGACGGAAGCUGGAGGCGGACCUCAACAAGAAGAGAAGCAACCCAGCAAGAGCGAAUCGCACUCGCAAAGCUCCCCCAGGCACUGUCCUUGCGCUAAAGCCGAGCUCGGCUCUACAAAUCAAGCCCUCUACCACAAUCGCCGAGGCUGCGCAGCUUAUGGCAGCGAAGAGAGAAGACUGUGUUUUGGUUACGGACGACGAUGAUCGAAUCGCUGGUAUCUUUACCGCCAAGGACCUUGCAUUUAGGGUAGUAGGAGCUGGUCUCAAGGCUCGAGAUAUCACGGUCUCUGAGAUCAUGACGAAGAACCCACUAUGUGCGAGGACGGAUACUAGCGCUACAGAUGCCCUCGAUUUGAUGGUUCGGAAAGGAUUCCGGCAUUUACCUGUCAUGGACGAAAACCAGGAUAUUUCUGGUGUCCUGGAUAUCACCAAGUGCUUCUACGACGCUAUGGAGAAACUGGAACGCGCCUACAGCUCCUCCCGCAAGCUUUACGAUGCGCUGGAGGGUGUCCAGUCAGAACUUGGCUCUAGCCAACCCCAACAGAUUAUCCAAUAUGUUGAGGCCCUUCGUUCAAAGAUGUCUGGUCCUACACUCGAAUCCGUACUAGACGGUAUGCCGCCCACCACAGUUUCCGUCCGGACCACUGUGAAAGAGGCUGCCGCAUUGAUGAAGGAACAUCACACGACUGCUCUGCUCGUGCAAGAUCAAGGAUCCAUCACAGGUAUUUUUACCAGCAAGGAUAUCGUCCUCCGUGUAAUCGCCCCGGGCCUUGAUCCUGCAACCUGUAGUGUCGUUAGGGUCAUGACCCCCCAUCCCGAUUUUGCUCCAAGCGAUAUGAGUAUUCAAGCUGCGCUCCGCAAGAUGCAUGACGGGCACUACCUGAAUCUGCCUGUAAUGAACGAGGGGGGCGAGAUUGUGGGCAUGGUAGAUGUGCUCAAACUUACAUACGCUACCCUAGAGCAGAUCAACUCAAUGUCGACCCAAGAUGAUGAAGGGCCAGCUUGGAACAAGUUCUGGCUGUCAAUGGACCACGAGUCCGAUUCGAUGGUUUCUGGAAGCCAGAGCCACCAACCGCAUCGGUCAAUAGUCAAUCCCGAGUCGCCCAAAGCUAGCUUCGACGCACGGGAUAGCGUUCUUCCGAAUGAAUCCGCGUCUCACCAUGGCGGAGACGAGCACUCUGAGUUCCACCACGGAGAACUCUCGCCGUUCCCCUUCAAGUUCAAAGCACCCAGUGGCCGGGUGCACAGAGUAAAUAUCCUCCCCGCUGCUGGUAUCGCCGAACUCGUGGCUCAGGUUACUGCAAAACUUGGCCCCGAGGUUGAAGCUGUUGGUGGUGCGGCCAGUUGUGCGGAUGGCGUACUUAGCAACACAGGCUACGCUUUGAGCUAUGUGGACAAUGAGGGGGAUACCGUUUCUAUCACCACUGAUCAGGAUCUCGUUGACGCCGUGUACAUUGCUCGUCACGCUCGUCGUGACAAGGUAGACCUCUUCGUUCACGACCCAGCUCAACCUCCAGUUAUUCCUGCCCCUGUGGAACCCGCCCCUGUCAAGCCUGUGGAGGUUAAGACACCUGCUUCAGACGACCAAUUAUCAGAAGAAUCGCCUAUCCCUAAGCCCCGAGCAACUCAGGCGUAUCCCGCCCAUCCUCCCGAAGAGCAACUUAUUGCAGGCGUUCCCAAUGACUUAUUGCUCCCAGGAGCAAUUGUCACUUUGGCGGCUGUCAUUGCCGGAGUGUUUAUCCUGAGCCGCGCUACCUCGCGGUAAAAGUCGCGUUGUACAUCAACUCGAAGAUUAGACGUCUGCAUCUAUUCCUUUUUGUCUAUCAUUUUUUGUACACCCCCAAAUAGCGUGUUUGUGUUCAUUUCGUCCAUCUCCGCUGCUCCGCCAUUUGGUCGCUUUUGUGUAUCGAUACAGUAGCUUUGGUAACUCCAAUGACAUAGUACAAUAGUCUAGGUAGAUAUGUAAUU